AUGAAGUUAAUAAACCAUUUAAGUUACAUCAAUUUAGUUUGGUUCCAGGAGCGAGCAUUGUGGAGAACUUUCUUAGUUCUGGUCGCCUUCCUGCGUUUCUCGCCACAGCAAUUUGUAAUUAAAAAUAAUAUAAUAAGUACAUACAUAAAGGCACAUCAUAUCCAUUAA